AGCAUAGAGCUAUUCCGUAAAAGCUCAUUAUCACUCGCAAAUUACGUGUACGAAUAAUUACGAUUCAAGAAUCGAGUCCCGGAAUGCUACUUUGGUUGCACUUCUUUGCACUUCCCGUACUGGAGGAACGGACACGUGAUGAUAUCCGUGAUACUUCGUGAUACCCCCAAUAACGGAACGGCCCUGGCGAACGCAUGGCAUAAUGAAUAUGAGAAAGUCGUACCGCACCUCCACGAAUGUUUCUCCAGCGCGGAUUGUAUCAUAUCGCUCGUAGGGUAGCGGUGCACUACGUGUCUGGAACAGUUCCUCUCGUGAAAGUUCCGCCUGUCAGAAGCAUCGCUGUCACCACCAGUUUAUGCGACUUUAGCCGGUGGGGUACCAAAAAGGCGAACAGAAAGCUGAAGAUUGCCCUUAUGCUGGAUAUGACGGAUCCUAAGAUCGAGGAAGCUCUGGCACCGCUUCGAGCGAGCGUCAAAGAACAAGGUGACUAUGUAAGGAAGCUGAAAUCCGAUGGCGCCCCAGAGUUAGACAUCAAGAAGGCCGUAGCGGAAUUGAAACUACGCAAGAAGGUGCUGGAGGACAAGGAAUUGUCGCUGGCCCCCAACAAUGUGACGUUCGACAGAGCGAGGAUGGAGGACCUCUUGAAGCGUAGAUUUUUCGUGGAUCAAUCGUUCGCGAUUUACGGCGGUAUCACCGGUCAGUACGAUUUCGGGCCCAUGGGUUGCUCGUUGAAGACCAACCUGUUGAAUUUCUGGAGGAACUUCUUCGUGCUGGAGGAACAGAUGCUGGAGGUCGACUGUUCGGUCUUGACGCCUCAGCCGGUGCUGAAAGCGUCCGGUCACGUGGAACGCUUCGCCGAUCUGAUGGUGAAGGACGUGAAGACCGGCGAAUGCUUCCGGUUGGAUCACCUGAUCAAAGCGCAUCUGGAGAAACUGAUCUGCGACAAGAAGACCGACGAGAAGACUCGCGAGGAGUGCAGGGACAUCAUCGUCAAGCUGGACGGCACGACGAAGGACGAGAUGGCCGCGAUCCUGUCGAAGUACUCCAUGAAAUCGCCGGUAUCCGGUAACGAUCUGACCGAGCCGAUAGAGUUUAACCUGAUGUUCGGCACACAGAUCGGCCCGACCGGCCUCGUCAAAGGUUUCCUGAGACCGGAGACGGCCCAAGGCAUCUUCGUGAACUUCAAGCGACUGCUCGCCUUCAAUCAGGAGCGGCUGCCGUUCGCGGCGGCGCAGAUCGGCAACGCUUUCAGGAACGAGAUCUCGCCGCGGUCCGGCCUGAUUCGCGUCCGCGAGUUCACCAUGGCGGAGAUCGAGCACUUCUGCGAUCCGAGCGACAAGAGUCACUUUAAGUUCGAGACGGUCAAGGACAUCGGCAUGCUGUUGUACUCCGCCUGUAAUCAGAUGGACGGCAAGAGCGCGCAGCGCAUCACCAUAGGCGAGGCCGUCGCGUCCGGCCUCGUGGCGAACGAGACGCUCGGCUAUUUCAUGGCGCGGAUUCAUCAGUUCAUGCUGAAGGUCGGCGUCGACCCGGCCCGUCUGCGCUUCCGCCAGCACAUGGGCAACGAGAUGGCGCAUUACGCCUGCGACUGUUGGGACGCCGAGUGCCUCACCUCCUACGGCUGGAUCGAGUGCGUGGGCUGUGCGGAUCGUUCCGCUUACGAUCUCACGCAACACACUCGAGCCACCGGCGUGAAGCUGGUGGCGGAGAAGAAGCUGCCCGCCCCGAAGACGGUGGACGUCUGCGAGAUCGCACCGAACAAGGUGGUAAUCGGCAAAACUUUUAAGAAGGACAGCAAAACUGUGCAAAACGCGUUAGCGGCCUUGAGCGAGGCUGAGAUCGUCUCCUUGGAGAAGGUCCUCGACGAGAACGGUGAGCACGAGCUAGCGUUGCCCGAUAACAGCGUAAAGAUCACCAAGGACAUGAUAGAGGUGAGGCGUUAUCAGAAGAUCGUUCACGUGGAGGAGAUCGUGCCGUCGGUGAUCGAACCCUCCUUCGGCAUCGGUCGUAUCAUGUAUGCUCUGUUCGAGCAUAACUUCCGAGCGAGGGAAGGUGACGAGAAGAGAACGUUCUUCGCCCUGCCGCCGGUGAUAGCGCCCUUGAAAUGCUCGGUCUUACCGCUCAGUGGCAAUGACGAAUUCGUACCAUUCGUCAGGAAAUUAUCGCAAGAUCUCACGAGAGCGGACGUGUCGCAUAAAGUUGAUGACUCUUCCGGUAGCAUAGGACGUAGGUACGCUCGUACCGACGAAAUAGCGAUACCAUUCGGCAUCACCAUCGACUUCGAUACCCUGAAGACGCCGCACAGCGCGACGCUCCGUGACAGAGAUAGCAUGGGGCAAGUUAGGAUAAACUUGGACGAACUGCCCGGCGUGGUGAAAGACCUUUCUUAUGGCAGAAUUACUUGGCUGGAAGUGGAAGCGAAGUACCCCAAGUUCGAACAACAAGAAUCUACAGAACCGUAAAAAGCAUAGAUAGAUCGGAAAAUAAUUUAUUUGUAUUAAGUAAAAGCUUGUAAUAAUAUAAAAUUUAUAUCACUUUUACAAUUCGUAGGGUAUGCGAUGUUUAAAUCGCAUAUAACUUAUCACAGAUGUUUUCGACAUUUAGCAUUGAGGUGCCUAUAUCAGAUGAACAUACCGUUAACUGUUUCAGUAAAGAACAAAGAAAUUCAGUGUUCUAAAUAAUCAAUUGAGAGAAGCAAUUUUUUUUAGGAGAGAAUUUGUAUAAAUGCAUCUAAUAAUCAUUUAAAAUGCGAGGUAAACUUUGAGGACUGGUGACAUUCAAUACUAUUAACGGUAGACAGUUCACCGCCGAUUUUUAUCUCUUUAAUUUAUUAGCGCUACCAUGCAGCCACUUGUGCAUUUUUCUAAAGCAUUUAUUUAUCUAAGAAUUUUUAUGAACACUAUGUAAAAAAUAAAGAUUUGUUCCUCCAUAA